UCAGCGUAUGUACACAGUCUAGCUUCGUCGAUGUGAGCAGGUGGUUUCUGGAAGGAUGCGCUUAAAGCCUGUUUCAGCUCUUUAGGUGCACGUCUAGACGUAGGCAAGCAAGCUGAUCAAGCGAUGACGAAGGGAGCAACGACGUUAUUUGUCCUUGUCGGUUUUUUCCUUGCCGAGGCAUAUCCUGAGGAGGAAGACGCAUUCGCAACACGCCGGAUGGCGAAGUUCGAAGACCUGACGGUCAGGGGGCGAGUUCCGCCGCCUCAGAUGCAGGCUGGGAGGUCUUGGGUCCCAGCAGCCUCUUCAGCCAGUUGGCCGAGCUGGAGAUGGAGAUCAGAGUUCGAGCUGCGCAGCAGGUUCUUCCAGCUACGACGAAGGAAGAUGCGUCGGUGUCCUUCUAGGCUAAUCGUGUGCUGCCAGGGCAGGUGCGUCUGCGAGUCAACGCCCAAUCCAUGGAUCCGAAACAUACGGGAAGAGGCGCUACCCCGUCACACUAGACUCAGGACGCCCGACUACCCACCCGACUGGAAUCGCUGCUUGCUCUCGUGCUGGAACGACUGCCUUCUGGCCAUCUGCAUGGAGAGAAUUCGCCACAGCAACUGCAAGCGAACGUGCAAAGUCCAAUGCAGCAAGGAGUGCAGCAGAAAACACCAACAGAUCUUCUAUCGCAUGUGGUCUCAUGUAUCGACGGCUCGGCCCUUUGUGCCGUUGCUAGUGAGGUAACGGCAAACGGAGGAAAGGCCAGGAACUGCACGGUGCCUGAAACACAAAGAGCUUGAUUAGCCUGUUUAUUCUCCCAGGGCUUCCAAAUUUUGUCUACCUUAUUUCGUUUAUUUUUUCUUUACUUUCACAGAAUUAUCUCUCAGCGUCCUCGCAUAAUUUUAUCCACGUAGGCUGUCUCGCAUUUUUAGGCAGAGCUAUGCUGCAGUUAAUUGGCCGGCAUAUGCAGCCGCCAUAAGAUUCGUUUAGAAAAAUAGCUGUUCUCUCUCUGUACCAUGGGACAUUCCUAAGUAUUCACAGCAACUUGAAAACCCGAUUGAAUGGAGAGGCUGAAAAUUUCCUUGCACAAACAUUUUUUUGCUGCAUAUAUGGCAGAAGUUUUAAAAAUUAAAUUUCUAAGUAUUUUUCUUCAGCAUUUGAUCGAUAUUAAUCGGGAAAAUAUACAGUGUCCCAUUUUUC